AUGAUUGCUGCAGGGCACCCACUAUUGCUGCACAAGGCGAAGCGAAUUCGGGAUAUGAGCGCGACUGUGACAGCGGUCAACAAGCAUUUCUCGGACGAGACAGACUCAAGCUUGUCUUCAACAAAGCCCUUGAGGAGUAUAACGAGGCAAAGGCCCUGGGCUUUACCACGCACCGUCAUUCUCGGCCCUAUCUCCUUCCUCAUCCUCAUCCUCGGCAAGGCCGCCAAGGAGGCGAAGCUGGGCUUCCAGCCCAUCUCUCCCCUCCCUAAGCUGCUCCCCAGUCUCACCUCUAAGCUGAUGGAGGGCAUGCUUAUGGACCCCAUCACCAUCCUCAACUCGUACGAUAUCUCCCCUCGCGUUCCGCCACGAAUCGACCUCGAGAAGACCGACAUCAAGGCCAUCAAGGACGCCAUCCAGCUCGACAAGCCCGCGCUCCGCUGA